AUGAGACCAGGCACGCAGUACAGUGGCGGUGGUGUUGCCCGAUCCUCGGGCAUUUCCGAUGUCACCUACUGGACGGCAAAGACGGGCAUCUCCCUCAACAGAGUCACCAACACCAACGGUGUCAGCACCAUCGCCCAGCAGCGGCGCCAGAAACGAGAGCAGGAGAGGCAACAACACGACAAGCGACAAAAGCAGCGGGAACUGGAGGAAUGUCGGCUACUUCGUGUGCAGAUCAAAACCUGCAGACAAAACAUGCUGAGGGCCAAACAGCGAUUGCAUGACUUGCGUGAGACCAACAAGCAUCUCGUCCAAGAAAUCAGAUCGACGGAGCAGUCGGUGAUGACGCACGUGGACUUGCUCGUGCAGCGGUACGGGCAAUAUGCAACAGCGACAGCAACCAUCAACCACCGGUUCACGACGACGCUGGCGGAUGCACAGGGAGAUCUGCGCUCGUUUGAAAAAAUGCUGUCAAGUGAGGUGACGAAACUUCAACAGUCUGUGGACGAUUUGCAACAGCGCAUCGACAACGCCAACCGCGACCUGCGAGCCCUGCUGCUGUACAAGGAGUCCGGGCAACUCGAACUGCGACGAACAAUCUUCAACCUGAAGGAACAUUUAGAACGCCUUCGCACCCAGCAGACGCAAGAGAUGCAGGCGCUGCAUGUGGAGUUGCAGCUGCUGCGUGACAACAUGCACUCGGCAUGGCAGUCGUCGGUGGAAGAUUUGAACAGCGCGGCUUCUGGCGAAAUCCUUCACGCGCUUCCGCCGAGCACACGCGCGACCAUGCUCGAAAACAUGCAUAUCCAGCAAGAGUUGGACCGUCACAUGGAGGAAGCAGCGGAGGCAGAGCAUCGAAUCGCGCAACUCGAGCAAGAAAACGGCCAAUUGAGGGAGCGGGCUGCGGAAUCGAAGCUGAAGAACCAGCUGUCGCGGACCACGUUGCAAGCCAGGUUGAGCCAGUCGACGACGCUGCCGCUGCAAGCGCCAGUGACAUCAUCGUCAUCGUUCGUGCCGGCGUCACCGUCACCAUCACCAUCGCUGCUCACUGCAUCGCUGCCGGAUGCGCGCGCGUUUACACAUGCGCGGCAGGACAGCAGGCGAGAUCGACAGCGGCAGCGGCGCUCACGCUCACGCAACGGCAGCACCAGUGGUGGACGUGGGCGAGGUGGUGGCGGUGCUGUGGAUGAUGAUGGAUACGGAUACGGGGAUUGGCGCGAGGAUGGCAGCGACGCACAGCAACAGCUGCAACAGGGCAAGGGUAAGGGCGCAAGGAAGAAGCAGGCAGCCGAUGUGCCGCCGUCCGUGUCGGCGACAUUCCUGCACAACAUGCGCUCGCAGCAGAGGAUGCGGAAGCAGCACUCCGGCCUCAACAUUGCACUGGCACACGCACCGUCACAGGACGACGGUGAGGAAGACACGAGUGUUGGCAUGGGCGGAACACACACGAUCGCGCACAUGUGGAACGCACACAGCCGUUCUCACAGUCACCACCACUUCUCCACCAGCGGCAGCGGCGGCGGCGUAAGAAAGGGCGGCAGUACGCUCGUGGGUGUUGGCUCGCGGCUGGCACAAAAGGCAACACCUGCACAUGUGCACGGGGCACAGGGCAGCAGCAGCAGCAGCGGCGGCGGCGGCAACGGCAACAUGGCAGGUGUUGGUGAUGUUGGAGCGGGAACAGCAGGGACGAGGCGACGGUCAACUCAGGCGUCGCUCGCGUUCUUCGACAGCAGGCCCACGUCCCGCCACGGCGGUGAUGUUGGCGGUGAUAACAGUGACGGCGGUGAGGAAAGAGAUGAUGAAGAGGAUGACGCGCUCACUCGGGCAAUGAGGAUGGGGAAGGGCCGACGCAGUAGAAAGAAGUCUGUUGCCACUGUCGUUGUGCAGGCACAACAACAGCAACAACAACAGAAACAACAACAACAACAACAACAACAACAACAACAACAACAACAACAACAACAACAACAACAACAACAACAACAACAACAACAACAACAACAACAACAGCAGCAGCAGCAGCAGCAGCAGCAGCAACAGCAGCAGCAGCAACAACAGCAGCAGCAGCAGCAGCAGCACUACCGUUCGUGGCAGCGGUUCGGCGACCGCCCCACGUCCCCGACGGCCGCGUGGGCGUUUGAUGCGCUGACCAGCCUGUCCAUGGGCGGGGAUGACGACGAGGUCAGUGCACAUGCGGCCGUGACGGAGCGGUCGCGUGCAGUGGCGUCCAUCGCAUCACUCGUGCCAACCAUGGCCGACUGGGCAACGGAGUUCAGGGACACGCAGCGGUACUGAAUGGGGUGAAUGACAGGUUCACGCGUGUCGUCCACACAUGUUUGGCAGUGGCGAUCCGCACAGGUGGUGUGUGAUUAUUCUCAGGGUAGUUUACGGUUUACUGUUGUGCUCUUCCUUCAGUGGGAGAGCGUAGCAGGAGUGUAAUAAAAUAAGAACUGAUUGUGACACAACGCACACAAAUAGGAAACGUUACACAGCCACGCAACACAGAGUGUCGUCUCUGACCAACACAUGCAUAAGCAUAUCGUGUUCUUCCACCUCAUAUGGUUGCGUUUCUCCACGUCUUCCUCACCCACCCCUCUUUCACAUCUUUACAUUAAAAUCAAAUAGCA